AUGACUGGAGGCGGAAAAUCUGGUGGCAAGGCUAGCGGUUCCAAGAACGCGCAAUCUCGCUCUUCCAAGGCUGGUCUCGCCUUCCCGGUCGGUCGUGUUCAUCGUCUGUUGAGGAAGGGCAACUAUGCCCAGCGUGUCGGUGCUGGCGCCCCUGUUUACCUCGCUGCAGUCCUGGAGUACCUGGCUGCCGAAAUUCUCGAGCUGGCAGGCAAUGCCGCUCGUGACAACAAGAAGACGCGUAUCAUUCCUCGUCACCUCCAGCUCGCCAUCCGAAACGACGAAGAGUUGAACAAGCUUCUUGGUCAUGUGACCAUCGCGCAAGGUGGUGUUCUGCCUAACAUCCACCAGAACCUUCUGCCCAAGAAGACCGGAACGAAGGCGGGUGCCAGCAAGGGCAGUCAGGUUCUUUAA